UUUUUUUUUUUUUUGGAGAGCGUGGGUGCCAUCGAUCAGCCCCAGUAGAGAGGACACAAUGUCUCUGGCUUUUGUUACCAGGAAGUGGGUCGAGUUAUUUAUAUUUCAACACUCGUCCUGCGGCACCCCGGGGACCGGCGCAGGAAGCAACCUGAAACUUUAAAUUCAAACAUGGUGCGGGUUUUAGACGGGAGUGUGCGUUUCACAGCGAGGGACGAAGGGGAGCGUGGAAAUGAUGGAAGGAAUGUAAAGUGUUUUAAUGAAGGUGUGGAAGAGACCGGCGCUGGCAGAGGUGAGUUAGCAAAUGCUAAGCGGGUCACGACCUCCGAGGGGAACCAAAAACUUGUGAAAAAGUCACCUUUAGUCCCUUAAGUUCCGGAGUUAUUCUGUGGUAAGGGUAUUAUUUAGAUUUUUUUUUUUUGCUCUAUAGAAGUGAGUCCUUCCAAAAUAAAAGCACCUCAUAUUCUUUCAGCAUGAUGAAGAUCCACAAGAAGAUUGUGAGUCACUACCUGUCAUGCACCUCCCCCGUCGACAAAGAAGGCUAUCUCUUAAAAAAGAAGACCAGAAACGACACCUACCAGCGACGCUGGCUGGUCCUGAAGGCCAACCUGCUCUUCUACCAGGAGCGGCCCGCCGACCGCCACCUGCUGGGGGUCAUCGUGGUGGAGGGCUGCGCCGUGCGGCGAUGCGUCUCGGACGGUCGCUUCGCCUUCUGUUUGCUCUUCCAGGGCCCCGGGCUGAAGAGCUACACGUUUGCGGCGGGCGACGAGGACACGGUGGAGAGCUGGGUGAGGGCGUUGCUGUCGGCCAGCCACCGUUAUCUCUCGCUGAUGCUCCGGGACCUGCACAGGCAGUAUGAAGAAGCCAAACAUCAGCAGGUUUCCAGUGAGUCUCCGGCCGGCACCCUGAACCAGAACCCGGUCCAGCACAGGUGGCUACCGGCAACGCCAGUCAAUCCCGAAUGCAGGAGCCCCGGCUUCUCAACAGCCACUAAAAAGUCCCCCAAACUGUGGGCCAGGAGAAACGCCCACAUCACGCCCCUCAACUGGCCGCCGGCGCCCCAGUACGGCGAGUGGCCUUUGCUCGCUUCCGGUCCGCCGGACGACUUCAGCCGACUGCACGACCACUACGGCCAAGAGGUGGCGAAGGUUCGAGAAGAAUGGCUGAAGACUCGGCAGGUGGCUUCGGAGGAACGUGACGAAGGAGAUCUUAUCGAGCUGGAGUGAAGGAAACAGGAAGCGAGUUGAAAAAAAAAACGGAACUUGACAUUUGGCCUUUGCUGGCAGCUCUGAUGAUAACAACAACAUGCUAAAAAAUAAAUAAAUAAAUGAAAUAAAAUAACAACAACAUGCUAACAACUAUGCUAACAAUGCUAACAAUCUAGGACUGGGUGUGCUAACUUUUUCCAGCAAGGACCGCAUACAGAAAUAUUGCAAAUGUUUUAUAGCUAUAUUUUGUUUAAUUUUGUACAUUAAAGAUGCUAAGCUAG